AUUCAAUUGAAGUUCUAAACUUUUUCUCACUCCCCUCAUUUCCUUUGCCUUGAUCUAAUCAAUCUAAUCAAAGGUAAAUGUGAGAAAGAAAACAGUGUCUCUCCACUAGGAAGUUAGGAACUAAGAAGAGAAAUGGAAAGAGAGCAGCAAGAUACAUCUCUCCUCUCUCCAUUGGUACAAAACACGGAGCAAGAUGGAUUUGUAGUUGAUGUAAAGCAAAGCAAGACAAGAUCAAUAGGAAAAAAAGAAGUUCUUGAAGAAGUGAAGAAGCAAUUAUGGCUAGCAGGGCCUUUAGUAUCUGUGAGCUUGCUAAAUUAUAGCCUACAAAUUAUAUCAGUCAUGUUUGUGGGGCAUCUUGGUGAGUUGGCUCUCUCUGGUGCUUCUAUGGCCACUUCGUUUGCCUGUGUCACUGGUUUUAACCUAUUGGUUGGAAUGGCUAGUGCCUUGGACACUUUAUGUGGCCAAUCUUAUGGAGCAAAGCAGUAUCACAUGUUAGGCAUACACAUGCAAAGAGCAAUGCUGAUUCUUAUGAUUGUGAGCAUUCCUCUUGCAAUUAUUUGGGCCAACACAAGGUCCAUUCUUAUUUUCUUUGGCCAAGACACUGAAAUAUCUUCAGAAGCUGGGAACUAUGCUAUGUCCAUGCUUCCAUGCCUUUUUGCUUAUGGUCUUCUUCAAUGCCUCAAUAGAUUCUUACAAACCCAAAAUAUUGUGUUUCCAAUGAUGUUGAGCUCUGGAGUGACAACUUUGCUUCAUUUUCUCAUAUGUUGGAUUAUGGUGUUCAAGUCUGGACUAGGGAAUAGAGGAGCUGCCAUAGCAAAUUCUAUAUCUUACUGGUUGAAUGUUUUGAUGCUCUCACUCUAUGUUAAGUUUUCUCCUUCUUGUGCAAAAACUUGGACAGGAUUUUCUAAAGAGGCACUAUACAACAUACCCUCGUUUCUAAGGCUUGCCAUUCCUUCAGCUCUUAUGGUUUGCUUGGAGAUGUGGUCAUUUGAAAUGAUGGUUCUUCUCUCGGGGCUUCUUCCAAAUCCAAAAUUGGAAACAUCAGUUCUUUCUAUCUGUUUGAACACAGCAGGAGCAGUUUGGAUGAUUCCCUUUGGACUCAGUGGGGCUGUAAGUUGUCGAGUUUCAAAUGAACUUGGAGCUGGUAAUCCACAUAUAGCUCGUUUAGCAGUGUGUGUUGUCUUAGUAGUGGCUAUUGUUGAAGGCAUCUUAAUUGGAGCAGUGAUGAUAAUAAUACGCAAUAUCUGGGGCUAUGCAUAUAGCAAUGAAGUAGAAGUGGUCAAAUAUGUAGCAAUUAUGUUUCCAAUUCUUGCAGCAUCUAACUUUCUAGAUGGACUCCAAUGUGUUCUUUCAGGCACUGCUAGAGGAUGUGGUUGGCAGAAAAUUGGUGCAUUUGUUAAUCUAGGAUCAUACUAUUUAAUUGGGAUUCCAUCAGCAAUUGUCUUAGCUUUUGCAUUGCAUAUUGGUGGCAAGGGACUUUGGCUCGGGAUCAUAUGUGCACUCAUCGUUCAAGUAUGUUCUCUAAUGAUCAUUACUAUACGAACCAAUUGGGAGCAAGAGGCAAAAAAGGCUAUAGAUAGAGUUUAUGACUCCAUAAUACCAGAGAGCAUAGUCUCAUGAAGCUACAAUAUCUAUGUUAAUGCAAGUUUUGGUUGAAGGUCAUACAAACUUUGUUACCAUUUGUUCAAUCAAAAAGUUUUGGUACAAUUACAUUAGGUGAAAUAGCUAAACAAAACUAUAUUUUAUGUAAGAUAUCUACCUCUGAGAAAUUAAGAAAAAGGGUAAUAAUCUAAAAUAGUGUGUAAUAUGAUCUUGAUCAUCUAAAAUCAUGUGAAAUAUAGAUCAUGUAAUUGGUCAUGGUUAUGUUAUGGGAUAUGGUUUAUGUUUUUUUGCUAGGUAAAAUGUGUUAGAACUUUUUAUGUGUUGUGUGUAAAAGUUGCUAAAUGUUAAUUUGAUCAAAGAUUGCUGAAAGCCUAACAUUGAACUUUGUUUAUAUUCGCAUAAGCUAGGGUAAUGUGCUUUC